CACCAGUACUUCCCUAAAUGAUUAGUCACCUAGUAUUGCAUGUUCCAUCAUGUGUUGAUUUGUUAUGCCUGUGAAUGUCAGUGAGUGUGUGUCAGCAUGUGAGCAUGAGCAAGAGCCCUUCUGUUCCCUUUGGGAACCGUCUCACACAUCUAUGUGGCAAUGACUGUGCAUGAUAAGUUCCUGUAUCAAGCUUUACAGUUACCCCCAUCAGACAACUGUGUAACUUCACAUGCACUGUUGCCAAGGAGAAUGAAGAGCAUUACUGCGUGCAUGGGCUUUGGCUUUUCAUUGAGGCAAGAACCUUGGGGUGCCAUGAAGACCACUCUACAGUAUAUGUGGGAUGUUUACUCAAAACCGACCCAGGCUGCCAAGGAGGUCCUGACGUUACUUUCUAUGUGUUUCAUUAUCGCCAUGGUGACUGGUGGUCUCCUCUACCAUUGGAUGACAGAGAUCCUGAGAUAUGACAGUGGUACCUCCAGCACUGCUGCCUGCAUCUAUAGCGUGUCCAUCCUUUUCCUCUCGUUCCUCUGUCAUCCUCUCCGUUGUGUGCUAACUAUGAUCCUGCCCACUCUGGGCACCAAACAAGGGCGCAAGCUGAUCAUUUCCACCUCUGUGAUUGUGUUAGUGUUGAGCAUCAUCGUUAACAUAACCGUUAACAUGGGAGUGGUGAUGCACGUUUUAAAGUGCACCUCUGAAGGUUUUGUCCACUCUCUUUUAAACUCAUCUGAGCUGUUUCAAGAAGCAAAGAGAGAUCUUGUUAGAGAGGCUAUCAAAGUGGAACAGGAAGAACUGAAUAUUGUUAACAGGUUGAGGAAAUUUGAUCAUUUUACACACAUUGAUGUGUCAAAGGUCAAAAAUACGUUUGUUACUGUAAGCAAACAGAUUGAGAGUGACUUUUCACGUGCCAAUAAACUGCUGGAGGAUUAUAAACUUCUGUCAAACAGGAUUCUGGCGGCCAUCUUUCUAAUCUACCUGAUAGUUGAAUCAGCCCACUACCUGAAGUCAUAUGUCAUUUCAGUUAAGUUUGACAACGUUUACAUCACCAGACAGUUGCUGCAAAAAGCAUCUGAGGAUGGAAUCCAGAUAGAGCCAACUAACUUGAAAAACAUGGUUAAUUCCACAAGUUGUAAAAUAACAAAACAGGAAUUUACCAAAUGUCUUGCUCCCAUAGUAGUGGUGACUUUGUAUUUUAUUGUUAUUAUCUUCAUAAUGGUCUUGGAUCACAUUGUGUACCAUCUAGUUACAGUGAGUGGGCCUUGGCUGCUGGAUGUUCCAGCUACAUCUGUCAGCAUAGCUGUGAAAUAUAAGAUUCACCUGCGCUUUCCAGGUCUAUGUAUUAUCCCAGCUAUCUGUAGGGAUACAGAACUGGCAAACCUCCACAAGCAGUAUGACUGGACAUUUAGCCCAGAGGCUUUACGCUGUUAUAUUGAGCCCUCUGCACCAGACCUGAGAGUGAGGGUCUUCCUGGGACUACUCUGUCUGGUGAGCUACAUCAUGGUGUUACUGGAGGUCUACGCCAGGCGCAUCCGCAGGAAAGUGUCUGCAUCCUUCUUCAAAACGCAGGAGGAAAAAAGAAUUAAUUUCUUAUUGAAGAAGAUACAGGCGAAACAGGACACAAGAGAAAACAAUAUAUUUUUCAUUGAAGCUGUGAAUGAGACCCGCGUUCACACAAACCAAAACGUAAUUUGAAGCUUGACUUGCUGUCAUUAUAUGUAGUUUAGGGAGACCUCUGCUUUUAAUACGUUCACUGCUCCUCUUGAGCUAUUGCCGUAAUAAUAGAUUUAUUUUAGAAUUGGAGAAAACCCUCCUCAGUCUCCCCAGCUGUCAGCUGAGAGAAUUUGUUCAUUCGAUUUGUCCAUAUUUUCAGAUUGAACUGAUUCUGCAAUAUACAAAUGAAAAACAUGGAAUAAAAAUGUAAUUUCAAAGUGAUACAAGCAUGCUUAUCCCUGUGUUAAAAUACAAUUGAUGAAUUCAGUGCCAACAUCCUGCUCUCCGUGAGCCAAAGGGCCUGUUGAGAACAGGACAGGGCAUCCUGUUACUGAGUCACUGUCAUAUGACCUUUGUCCUGGUCGUGGAGCACCCCUUUUAUGCCCACGUUGCCUCGUCUCAACAACACUCAUGAAACCAUGUUUGUAGGCUUAAUGAAGAAAUAAAUACCAUAUAACAGACAAUCACAAGCGUUUUCACUCAAUGUUUUAUAUUGUGAAAGGUUGAUGCUUUUAAAGAAUUUGAUGAAAAUGGCUUUGAGUUCCCUUUUAAAGUAAAACUACUUUUAACAUGUAAGGAACAAGACCAUGUAUUACUUUGUUUCUUACUGCAUGGGAGAACUCCACAAUCAACAGACGACUAGGUGACACCUAGCCCCACUAGGUGUCACUAACACUAAGUGCAUUUGAGAAGUUUUUAAGGUACAAAUAGGCUAUGAAAAUUCUCAUAACAAGGAGCGUAAAACAAACUCAUUGAAAAUCUGUGUCAACAAAGUAUUUGUCCAAUUCAAUUAAUUAGACUCAGAUGAAUGUUCAGAGGGCAAAUAUUGUGACACAUAGUCGUGUCAUGUGUGGGCCUUCCAAAUGUUAUUACAAAUGAAUGAAUAUAAUCAUGCUUUAAAAUGUGCAUAACAAUCACAAUUAUUAUUUUUGUGUUUUGGUAUUAUACCGUUUAUUAUUUCUGGUCAAUGAUGGAUUCGAUUGUGUGAAACUCAUUUUCAUAUGACUUCUAAAACUUAAACUUUAUCUGAGAGCAAAAAACGUUUCUGUACCUCUGUGAUUAAUAUUUGUAUUUUUUUUGUCAUACCACAAAAAUGCUUCAGCGUUUUUAGCAGCACACUGCUUUCAACUCCCAGAAGGCAUCAGAAGGCACUUUUAGCUAGAGUAUUAUUAGAACGCCUGUUCAUCUAUUUUUUAUCCAGCCAUUUUGCCCGUCUUCUUUUUUCUUCAUCUUUACCUCAUAAUUGAAGUGUCUAAUAUUUUAUGCUUUGUUGCUGUGAGGCCUGGAACAAAAUGUAUAAUUCAG